ACAACUCUCCCACACCACCCAAACAUGUCGUCUUGGGGCUCGUCAGGCGACAGCACAAACAGCAGCAGCAGCGACAGCGGCAGCAGCAAGCCUGAUCCGCUCGAGGGCAGGCGGCCGCGCAACCUCACGCCGUACGAGGUGCAGAUCAGCAAGGAUGCGCUGCAACGGCGCAUCGACGCGGGCGACAUCACCCAGAAGGACAUUGACCUCAUCACGGGCUCGUUCCGCACCAUCACCUUCGGCAUGUUCGGCACCGGCACCGUCUCGUUCUUCGGCACCCUCUGGUUCCUCCGGCGGCGUGUGCCGCGCCCCGGGCCGCUGUUCCGCUGGUUCGCGGCCACGAGUAUGGGCGGUCUGGGCAUGUUCCUCGGCUUUACGGUUGCGGGUGCGGCUACGACGUACGAGCUGCAUAAGAACCUGCCUGAUGCGCAGCACAAAAUGAAGGUCCUCCAGCAGAUCUCGAUCGACACGAAGCGCGCCAUUGUCGAGCACCGUAUGGGUAUUCCCACCGGCACCGUGAUCGAGCACCGGGCCGGCGUGCCCGAGACGGACCGUCUGAUCACCGUGGACCAGUACCGCGGCACUGGAGGCUCGGGAGGCGUGAACAAGUACCAGACCGAGGACGAGUCGGUGACGCCUGAUGUGCGCAACGCGGUCGACACGCUCGACACGAUCGACGAGGCGUCGUCCGCGCGCACCGGCGUCAUGGGCGAGAUUGCAAAGGUCGACCAGCCGCCCUCGUGGGAGAAGCUCCGCACGACCCGGCCCGCGCGCCGCGGCCCCGCUGGCCAGCCGGGCGCGGUCAACCUCAGCCCCGAGGACGAGCUGAAAAAGCGCCAGGCCGAGUUCGACGCCAUGCUCGACCGCGAGCGCAAGGGCGGCAACGACGGGGACAAGUGGUAGGUGGGUAGGCGCUGCGGGUCGAUCCGGCAGUGUCGGAGACGUAGAAAACCAAAAACAGCCACGUUGCAUAUGCCAAAAGUUCAAAAGUCACA